AUGGCUGUCAGGGAGUCAUCAAGAUACCUGGCACGGGCAGUGCCCAGGGCCUUUGCGCCUUCUGCUCGCCCACAGGCCUUUUUGGGCCGUCGCAAUGCCUCUGAUGAGGCCCCGUCCAGGCGGUUGUCGGACCAGCUGGAUGAGCUGGAAACUGCGUCGUCCUUGACCACCGCUGUGUCCGACAGCGCGGCCAAAUCCUUCGAUCCAGCCACUCGGGCCAAGGGUCGCAAGACUCAGCUACCUCGUUCUCGAUACCAAUUCCGCUCUCCGAAGUAUGACCGCGGUCCUCUCCACCCUCACCAGCCCCCUCCCCCCUCCGACCCGUCCUCCCGCCUGUUCGUCCCAGGCCCCUUCUCCCUCCCCCGUGCCGAGCAGACAUACAACUCAACCGUCGCGUCCGACAUCCUGACCUUGUGCUACGUGCACACUCCCCCGGGCUUCAAGGUCCCCCCGAAAGCGCCGCGCCUGCGCGAGUGGGACGAUAGCUCACCAUACCACAAGAAUCGUCCCCUCCGCGGACCCCGUGGCGGCGACGUCCUGCGACUACUCCGCAAGCCGAUCAAGUUCAACAACAUCCCGGAGAUCGAGCGCAUCACAGUCCACAGUUACGUGAAGGGCGCUGCGCAGGAGAAUUCGGGGUGGCUGCACGUGGCUGGUAUGGCGGUGCAGGCUAUCUCGAACGUGCGCGUUGAGACCUUCAAGUCCAAGGCUAGUGUUGCGACCUGGAGCAUUGCCCCUGGCCGUGACACUGUUGCUGUGAAGGCGGAAAUGCAUGGCGAGACUAUGUAUCACUUCCUUGGCAAGUUGAUUGACGUGGUUUUGCCUCGAAUCAAGGACUGGCCUGGUGUGAAGGGCAGCAGCGGUGAUAGCAGCGGCAAUAUCACGUUCGGUCUGGAACCGGAGCAUGUUGCCAUGUUCCCCGAGAUUGAAGUCAAUUAUGAUAUGUACCCUCCCAAGAUGAUUCCUGGUUGCCACAUCACCCUCCACACCACCGCGAAGGCUGACAAGGAUGCGCGACUCCUGCUGAGUGCGAUGGGUAUCCCAUUCUACGGAAAGAUCGUGCAGUAA